AUGAUGUUUUAUAAAACUAUUUUACAUACUUCAAGAAGAAGGUUUAGCACCAAUUUGGUGACAAAUAAAGGACAUGUCGUGGUAAUUGGAGGAGGCCACGCUGGAGUUGAAGCUGCUGCUGCCUCUGCAAGGCUAGGAGCGCCUACAAUUCUUUUGACAAGGUCAGGCAAUGAUAUUGGGCAAAUGAGUUGUAAUCCUGCUUUUGGGGGAAUUGGAAAGGGCACGUUGAUGCGUGAAAUUGAUGCUCUUGGAGGUGUUGUUAGUGCUGUUUGUGAUGAUUCUGCUAUUCAAUUUCACGUGCUAAACCGAUCGAAAGGAGCAGCGGUAUGGAGCCCGAGGGCUCAAAUGGAUCGUUCAAUCUUUAAGUCAAAUAUGCAGAAGCGAAUGAGUAAUUAUCGACCAAAUCUCCACAUUCUAGAAGGUAGUGCUGUUGAUAUUAGUACGAAGGCAGACGCUUCUGGUAACCUAUCUUGUUCUUCCGUCAAACUCGCUGAUGGUACAGAAAUCGAAGCGAAUGGCGUUGUUAUUACAACUGGAACGUUCUUAGGUGCUAACAUUAACGUUGGAAGUAAGCAAACACCAGCGGGCAGGCUUGGUGAAGCUCCUUCCUUUCCUCUCAGUGAUUGUCUACGGCGUCUAGGUUUUCAGAUGGGACGCCUGAAAACAGGAACACCACCGCGUAUACAUCCUAAAACAGUUGACGUUGAGAAUCUCUCAGAGCAACUAGGUGAUGGAGUACCUGAAGCGUUUAGUUUUCGUAACUUGAAUGACAACUUUCUUCCAAAAUUACCACAACGCUCGUGUUAUAAAACUCAUACAACAGAGCAAACGCACAUGCGCAUCCGCGAUAAUCUGUCAUUAGCCCCUCAUAUGCUUGCACAUGAUAUCCAUUCCCCCCGUUAUUGUCCUUCUUUAGAAGCUAAGGUAACUCGCUUUCCUGAAAAAUCAAGACAUAUAGUGUGGUUAGAGCCAGAAGGUUUAAGCCCUGAUUCUUUUUGGUAUCCAAAUGGGCUAAGUAACUCAAUGCCUGAAGAAGUGCAAAAAAUGAUAAUUAGAACUGUACCAGGGCUUGAAAACGCUGAACUAGUUCGCCCAGCGUAUGGUGUGAUGUACGAUUAUGUUGAUCCUCGUCAACUCCAUCCUACACUUGAAACAAAAAACAUUCGUAAACUUUUCACAGCCGGCCAACUUAAUGGUACUACUGGAUACGAAGAGGCUGCCGCACAAGGUAUCAUAGCUGGCAUAAAUGCCGGUUUGGCCGCUUUAGGUAAAGGACCCAUCACAAUACCUAGAAAUGCUGCAUUACUUGGAGUAAUGAUUGAUGACUUGAUAACCAAAGGUGUCAAGGAACCAUAUCGAGUUUUUACGUCUCGAAGUGAAUAUCGACUUACUACGAGAGCUGACAAUGCUGAUUUAAGGCUGAUGCCCCUGACGAAAUCUCUUGAAUUACUUGAUGACAGCAGUCAAUGGGAAAACUUUUCGACUACUAAAAGUUCAAUGGACGCCGUAAUUAGUGAUUUAAAAAACAAAAUUCUGAGUUCUCAACAAUGGGCCAAACUUGGACUUUCGGUGCCCCAUGAUGGAAAGUAUCGAAGUGCCUGGCAAUUAUUAUCAUUCACGAAUUUAAAUGCAGUGGAUAUUGCGCUCACGCUUCCUUCAGCAAAAGAACUUCCUCGAAGGAUACUUGAAAGAGUAAUUAUUGAAGGAAGAUAUGCAUUUUACAUUGGUCGGCAAGCAUCACAAAAUAAGUUGCUUUACUAUCGAGAUGAAUCCACAGUUAUUCCUCCAAGUUUUGAUUAUGAAAAGUUGCAAUCUGUUUCCGCAGAAGAAUUAAUGUUAUUAAAAACAAUUCGACCCGCUACCAUCGGACAGUUGAAGCGAAUUCCAGGUAUCAAACCAAGUACAAUCAUUUAUAUGCUUCGUCACGCCACUCACAAUCCUAAAAAAGAAACCUGGAUGCAAGAAGUUUUUAAGCCUAUGUAUGACUUUCAUUCUUAA